AAAUGAGGCGACGAUGGAGUCGGGUCGUGGCGGUAGCUUAGACGCGUAACAGCGCCGGUCGGUCCGCAGCCUCCAGCUCCGCGCCGCCGCGUUCACCGUGAGGACUCUGAUGUGGACGCGCACCGACAGCUGCCUGUUUCUGAGCGCGUGCACGUGUGGAUAUAGACGCGGUGACAAGCAAACAAACAAACUAUGUCUGCGUGUGGGUCCAAAGUGGGCAUUGCCCUCAUAGUUAUUGGCGUGCUGGCGGCGGUUCUGGGGCUGGUUUUGGUUUUUGUGGGACCAAUAAUCAUCGACGACCAAGUGGUGAAGAACACCGUGAUCGACCCAAACAAUGAGAUGUCCUACACCAUGUGGAAGGACGUCCCCGUUCCCUUUUUCAUGUCUGUCUACUUCUACGACGUCCUCAACUCCAAGGAGAUCCUGAAGGGGGAGAAGCCCAUGGUGGAGCAGAGAGGCCCCUAUGUUUACAGGAAGCACAUUCAGAAGGACAACAUCACAUUCCACGAGAACGGCACCGUGUCCUACAGGGAGUACAGGACCUACUUUUUCGAGCCGUCCAUGUCUGUGGGCAACGAGUCGGACGUCGUCACCAUCCCCAACAUGUUGGUGCUGGGUGCGGCCGUGAUGAUGGAAGACAUGCCCUUUCCAUUGCGGUUGCUGGUCAGCGCCACCUUCAAGACGCUCAAAGAGGGGCCCUUCCUGACCAAGUCUGUCGGGGAGCUGAUGUGGGGCUAUGACAGCAAGCUGGUGGACUUGCUCAAUAAGUACCUGCCCGGCAUGCUCCCCUCAUCAGGGAAGUUCGGCCUCUUUGCUGAAUUCAACAACUCUAACACCGGCCUGUUUACUGUCUUUACUGGAAAAGAGGACAUCAAGAAGGUCCAUAAAGUGGAUUCGUGGAACGGCCUGACGGAGCUGAGCUACUGGCGGACGCCUCAGUGCAACAUGAUCAACGGAACCGCUGGCCAGAUGUGGCCUCCCUUCAUGACCAAACAGAGCACUUUACCGUUUUACAGCCCCGACGCCUGCAGGUCCUUGGAGCUGAUCUACGAGCGCGAGGGCAGCUUUAAAGGUAUCCCCUCAUAUCGCUUCAUCACACCUAAAACCAUGUUUGCCAACGGGUCCGAGUACGCGCCCAACGAGGGCUUCUGUCCCUGCCGACAGUCCGGGCUUCUGAACGUCAGCAGCUGCCGACACAACUCUCCAGUCUUCAUCUCCCAGCCUCACUUCUUCAAUGCUGAUCCUGUGCUGCUGGACUAUGUUGAGGGCCUCUCUCCCAAUGAGAGCGAUCACAGCACCUUCAUAGAGAUUCACCCACUGACAGGUGUCCCGCUGAAUGUGGCCGUCCGCCUGCAGCUCAACCUCUACAUGAAGAGAGUGCCGGCUAUUACCGAAACUGGCAAGAUUUCUGAGGUGGUGAUGCCCAUGAUCUGGUUCCAGGAGAAUGGCUACAUCGACGGCCCCAUCCUCAAGACGUUCCACACAAACCUGGUGGUUCUGCCUGAGGUGAUGAAGUGGAUGCAGUACGUUUUCAUAGUCCUCGGCGUGGUGCUGCUGAUAAGUGGCGCGUUGCUGUAUUACAGAGCCAAGCAGACGGCUAAUAAAAAGGCUGGAAAGAAAGACCCCCAUGGCCUCCAGCAUCAAAGAGCCGGUUAAUGCUCCGCAGGGGAAAGGUGUGGCGGGUAAUUCAGAUGCAGAUAUUUGAGUCAGACGGCGACGCACAUGUGAGCACUUCAUACGGAGAGAAGGAGUCACUGCUUCAAGAUGACUCGGACUGAAACACAGACAACGCUUAGCUUCUCUGUGAAGUUUACACUCAGGUUCAUGUAAUUAAUGUGUAUAGGUGAAGAUGCAUGUGUAACCUGAUGUGUAAAGGUGAAAAAUAUUUUCUGAACAUGUGUUCAGUGAUUAUCAGUGUUAAUGGGAACUCGAUCGCUAUCUGGUCAUUAAUUGUCAGAUGUUUUUACAGUUUUGAUGAAUUUUGUACCAAAGGAACAGCAGCUCAGCAUUUUAACACUUGUGUUAAAAGCCUCCUAGCACUUGAGCAGAGCCAAAGCACACAUUUCUGUAAAGUACUGUUUUCUUUAAAGCUGUGACUGUUUCCUGGAUGUAAAUUUUGUUGGACUGAUUUCACAGUUUAUUUUCCCUUCUUUUGUAUAAUGAAAAGUGUUUAAAUUAUAAAAAGAAACAAAUGAUUGA